GCGUGCGUCGCAGCAGGGUCACUGCUCGAGGCAGGGGACCUUUGCGCCGGGUGGCUUGCUCCUCCACUGAUAUCAUCCGUGUGAAAGGGAGCCGCUACGCUGGCCAACGUCGCUACAUAACCACUGCGACACCUCGCAUCGCCCUCUUCGUCCAUGAUCAGCAUCCCUCAGCUCCACUAAACAUCACUGCCAUACAAGCUCACACCUUACGCUACUUCGGGCUGCAAGAAACCACGCCUCCCUGGCAAAGAUCAACACGACACUGCGCGCCCAUCAUUGCCCGACGCAGUCCUCGACCCUCAUCAUCGCGCCUGGCCGAAAGCGCGCCUGCAUUGCCCUGCUGCACUCUGCCACAACUCGACCCUUCUGAAACACCUCCCGUCAACGACAACGGGCCAAGGACCGGCGCUCUAGUUGCAUAGGGGUCCCACCGCUUCCCAUUGACGGACUGCCUUUUGGACGUGCCUCCCCAAGUACCACUCGGUCCUCACCGAUCGGCGCUCUUAUUUACCUUGAGCAUUCGGCUACUCGACCACACACUUUCGGCCACUCCCAGCCUCGAGGAACGCAGCACUUAAGCACGCUGAUCCCGCACAUCCUCCGUGACCGAUCGCCUCUCCACGUUUCUGAAGCUCGUCUUACACAAGUUGAUCGCUGCACACGCUAAUACCGGUGUUUCAACGUCGACAACUUCACUCCUCUUGUAUCACUACGCCAUCACCACUGCACAUCAUCAGCAUGGCUAUGGCCGUUGAUUCUCGCCAGCAACACCCAUUCAGCAGCAUGGGUUACGACAACAUGAGGUAUCCUCCUCAGGCGGCGCCGCAGUUCACGAAUCCCUGGGUGUCUGCGCCGGCUUCCAAUCAGAGUCACCUGUACGCGACGUCGAUGCCUCAGACUACUGUCGGCGGAGACUCGCGAUAUGACCAGACACCCUCGGUUUCAGCUGCCUACGCCGGAGGCCUCACUGCUGGCCCCAUUGCACAAGGUAUUCACCCCCAGUUGGACCCGGAGCUCUUCCAGGAGACAAGCUUACCAGUCGCCGAAGAUAUGAGCGCUCCCAGGCCGUAUGGUGCACCGUACACGUCUGCUCCCAACCCGCAAUCCACAUAUGCGCCUACAUCAGCGCCCCAGUACGCAACCGCGUAUGGAUACGACAGGCGCUCGUCGCACCCGUCAGUAGCUUCCAGCAUCUUUCUCGGAGAGCCGAUCGAGGCCCAGAGAUAUCGCCAAAGUUCGUUAAUUGACUUCAACACCAGACUGAACCACGCUUCCGAAGCAGAGCGACAAAGCUUCAGUGAUGCCCUUGACGCAAGCCGCGGCAUGGUUGCCAUGAGCCAGUCAGAUAUCACUCCACGAAAUAUCUACGGAUCUACCAGCAACAGCCGCUCGUCGACAGACUCGUAUGGGUUCCCAUCUGGGCACUCAUCGCACUCUUCGAUCUCUUCCGCCAGCACGUAUCCAACCUACUACAACAGCUCUGUGAGCGAAGCAUCCGUUGGCGAUUACAGCUCCGCUAGCGAAUCCGUCGAUCUCUCGCACUCGCGAACUCUUCCCCGACCACAAGGGCUGUCAGGCAUGCCACCUGCGCCGCAAUCCAUGAUGGGUCAAUUCAGCUCCAAGGUGUCUUCCAGCUCGCAGAAGAAGCACAAGUGCAAGAUUUGCGACAAGCGAUUCACACGACCAAGCUCUCUUCAAACACAUAUGUACAGCCACACAGGCGAGAAGCCGUUUGCAUGCGACGUCGAAGGAUGUGGACGUCACUUCUCCGUCGUCUCCAACUUGAGGAGACAUCGCAAGGUCCACAAGGGUGAGGGCCAAGAACACAAUUCGCCAGACGAAGACGAAGAAUAGACGACAAACGAACAGCUGUACAGAACCGCGACAGAUGGCGACGAAACGGACACAGGCGCACACAUUGAUACUGGAUUUUUAAUUUUCGACGAUUCACUCGCUUUUUCAAACCUUGAUACCCCAAGCUUCGGCGCGCGCGAUCUGACGAGGAACAUAUUUUAACCCUCGAAUUUUGGCAAGGCGUUUGGGCGUGCGAGUUCAACUUGUUUUUUGUAAUGCUGCCAGGGAAGAAUGGCAUGCACGAUGGACAUAUUGUUUUGGGAAAGGCUACCUGUAUGAGUAGACCUUGGCGACGACAGAAAGUGGCCGACCGUGGGAUAGAGGGAAUUGUGCCAUUGUGUGCACAUAUGAUGACUUGAACUACAGGGAAUUUACCCAGAGACGAAGAGAGAGAAGGGGGCAAAAACGGUCCAAAGCUGCGGUCUUCAGAACAGUCGCUAUCAGCGCGCGGAAAAACUCGCCAUGUACAUUACACUAUUCGGCAGAGUAGAAGGGGCUGUACCAACAACACGCAUUGUUCACACUUGCACUUGCACAUGUUCAUCUCAUUUCUUUUCCUGUUCG